AUGACCCUGCAAGGCGAGGUGUCCACCGCGGCACCCACGGCGCCGCAAGAGGCGCCCGCGCCGCGCAAGCCCAGCGUGCGCCGCGCCAAGCCCGAGGUGUACAUCCCCCGGGACGUCCAGAUGGCCGCGAUGGACCCCAAGCUGUCGGGCUCCCUGUCGAGCGUGGUGGAGAACGCGAGCAAGCGCUGGUUCUACGAGGCCGCCGAGGAGGCGUACCGCGGCGACGUGAAGAUGCAGGCGCUCCUCGGACAGAUGCUCAAGGAGGGGUACGGCGGUCCCCAGGACGAGGAGCUCGGGCAGCAGUGGGCGGACAAGGCCCGGUCCCGCGGCUACCGCAUGAAGGGGGUCUAUUGCGAGAUCUAA